CAUGAACGUACAGCAUGCGUUUGUAAAGUAUGUCCUAUUUGUGUUAAGUAAAGUUUUCAAAAUAUAAUAUAUAUUUUUUUAAACACUGCUCACAUGUACAACUUUGCAAUAUGGCGAUAGAAGAUUUUUCUGUUCAUUUACUUUUUAACACAGCUUCACAAAAUAUUAAAUGGCAGAAAAGAUUUUCGUUAACAACCCUAAUAUUUCAAAUACCAACUCGUUGAAUCAAAGCAGUCGUUCAAACAAGACCUUUAAUCUUGAGCAAUCGAGUAAACUUAUAAAUAUCGAUGCUACUAGCUUAAAUGACCUUUUUAAACGCGCACAUUCGGAAAAUCAGCGCGAUGUUUUAGAGCCAGUUGUUUUUGAAAAUAAUCAUAAUAAGCCUCCAAUUAUUCCCAACGGAUUAGAUCAGGAAAGAAAAGAGGAUAGCCGUUUAAAUUCACUUGAAGUAAAAAAAGGUCCUUCAAUAAGUGAUUUUAAAAAUUUUAAUAAAGUCAACGACCAUGUGAUAGGCAUUAAAACGCGUAGCAAGUUUUUGAAUUACAAAAUAAGUGACAUCGAUUUACGCUCGUCAAGCCAUUUAAACUUUGGUGAUAAACUUGAACAAAAAAGAAUAUUUCGGAAAAAAAAUCAUAACAUAGAAGAAAUUGGAGUUCAGUUACCAACUAGUUAUAGUAGUCUUGACAACGCAUAUUCUAAAAAUAAUCAAUUUGAAAUAACAACUACUGAUUCCCCUCUGUCCUCAAAAAUAAACAUAAAGAACAUUCAAAAAUAUUCAAUAAGAAAUUUUUUAAAAUCUCCACAGUCCCCAGUUGCUCAAGAAUAUAAACAAUUUGCUGACGAAAAAAACACAAGUAGUCAAAUUGAAUACAAUGCUUUUGAUGAAACAAAAACAUCCCUUAACAACUUUAGUCUAGAUGAAUAUAUAAAUAACACUGGUUUAAAAAAUACAUUACCUAUAAAAAAUUCGCAAGACGACGAAAAAAACAGUGAACUAUUGAAAUUGAAUCGUUUAAAGAAACGUUUUAAUAGUAUUAAACAACGAAAAGAUAAAUUAUAUUCGGUAAAAUCGCCUCAAUCAAAUCAAAGUGAAGCAAUGAAUAGUGCGUUUGAAACGCAAAAGAAACUAAUUCACAAUAACAUGAAUAAUUUAUAUUUCGAAAAGAGGUUUUCUAUUUAUAAAAUAAAAAGCGAUGCCAUAAAGAAAAACAAAGAUGUAGAGAAUAAUGUUACUAACCUUGAAGGGCAAACAAAGUAUGCGCAAGAUUCAAUAGAAUACCAUUCACCGAAAGAAACACUUGAGGAGUCAAACUUAGUAGAUAGUAGAGGUUUGAUUAUGAAAGUAACAUCGACGCCAAGGGAAACUCCUCGCUAUUCCUCAAAAGGAGAAUCAAAUGGUUAUCAUCAAUUAGUUAUACCGACUUCCAUUGGUAAUGUUAACUUGCGAAGCAAUGAUAACGAGGCCAAUUUCAUCAUUGAAUCUAAAAUAAAUAAUGACUUUUUCUUCCAAGAAUUAAACGAAGAUGAAGACGGUAAAAAAAGCAUUCAUUUUAAACUUGAAAAUAUACUUAAAGAAAGAAUGAGCUCAAUUAAUGGUAAAGUACACGAGAAAAAACCAGUAGUAAACCAGCAACUGUUCUUAAACAAACAUGAAACCUCAAAUGAGGUUGUUAACGAUAGAAUACACACUUACUUAAAUAGUAAAAUGACCGAAAAUUUAGAACAUUUAAAACAAAGUUCAAUCCAUUCUUCAAAUUCGCCCAAUUUUAUUAACUCUGCAGUGGAACAGAAUUUGAAUGAAAAGAAAAAAAUGCCAACUCCUUACCAGACUCUUCGAUUUAGCACAGAGGAUAAAGAAGAACUAAAAAAGCGCGAAACACUAAUAAACGAAAUAAAAGCAGCGGUUUUGUUAAGAACUAUUGAAGCCACGUCUAAAAAACCGCAAGAAGUUUACACUCCUCAUAAAUUAUUGGCCAAUGUCGAUUUUAUUGACCAUACACACAAUGGAAUAGAAGCUCGGAAUAUAGUUUCCGUUAACUCUGAGUUUUCUGGUUAUUCCGAACUUUCUGAAAAUUUAAAAAGUAAACCUGACGAUCAGCUCAUAAAAACCAAAAAUGCAAAUAACUCUUUUGAAAGUUUUGUUAUGACCCAUGGUAAAAAGUCUUCAACAAGUAGAGUUCAAUCUCCUACUUUGGUUUUAAAAAUGAAUAACUUUUCUCCCUCAAACAAAUCAACAAGUCCAAUCCACAGCGUCAUAACCUCUCCUAAACAAGAACAUCUUUCAAACCAUGUAUAUUCUUUAAAUGAAUCGCAACCUGACAAGUCAGUAAAAAAAGUUGACUUGCGGCCAAUUAACAAAGGCGCCGUAGUUGAAAUGUUAAACUUUCAUUUAUUAGAUAAAAAUGGUUGGGAUCGGCUUGAUGAGACAAGACGUUUUCUAUCGGAAAAUCAAUUUACUCCCCAACACUCAAAUUUAUUAGAUGAUGAAAAUAAUUUUAUAAAAUUGGGUACAAUGAAUGACGAACUCGGACAUUCUAGACAUUAUCAAUCUAAUAGUCCGCGGACGUUUAGUUUGACAGAUUCUGAAUUGCUCGUUGGACUUCAGAUUAGUUCAGGAGAAACUAAUCGUUCGGAAAAAAACACAAAAAGCAGCGAGGUUAACGGAGGUAAUACGGAAAGCUACAUUUCUAAAACUGUUACAGAUUCAAGGCAAUUAUUGUUAUUGGAAAAUUACGAGAUUAACAAAUUAGAUGCCAAAAAUGAUACCUCUAAAAUGGUUAUGGAAACGAAGCAAUUAUUGUUGCGGGAAAACGAUUGGUCAAAUAACAACUAUCAAAAAUAUCAGUUUAAAAAUACAAAAAUGGUAGGUUCUCAAUUUAACUCACUCGAUACAAAAAAUGUCAAAAACACUAAGUCAAGAGUAGUAAAUGAAAAUACAUAUUUAACAAAAGACGAAUCUAAAUUUGUACAACCAUUUUCUAAUGGCUUUGUAAAAAGUUUAAGUUCAAGUGAUUUAGAACAAAAAAACAAUCCAUUUGAAAUUGAUUCAAAAAAAUUCCUUACAAAUAAAGCAUUUAUAAAACAGCACGAUAGCGCUAAGUCUCCAAAACUCGUUAGAAGUAAUUCUUUCAUAAAACACUUUGAAAACAAUGAGCCAGCAAAACUAGAUAAUAUUUCAAAAAAUUGGUAUGAAAACAACGAAAAAGAAAAACCUGAAACAAGUUACAUUUUACAAAAACAACUUGCAAACAAUGAGCCAUUGAAAAUAAAUAAAAGUUAUACCUUGCCGAAUAAAUUCAAAAUCAGCGAUUCAGAUAAAUUAGAUAAAACGAAUAAAACUUUAAAAAUACUCUACGAUAACAAUGACUCAGCAAGCCAGAAACUAUACGAAAUAAAUAACAACUCAAGUGUUUAUGAAAGCAACGCUAAAAGUAUAGCUAAUAAUGUGGAGCAACAAUACCCAUCAUUUAAAACUCAAAACGCAUUCUUUUCUGAUGCAUCAUGCAAUAACACCUGGUUACAUCAAAUUUCGCCGGAUACAAAACGGACCAACGAAAACUAUACUACAGUCAAUAUUGGAAAAGUUACCAUUCCUAAAUAUUUAGAGGUUGAUACGUCAACAAGGUCAACAAGACCAACAACUCCAACGACAAAAACAGAUCCCCUAAAAACUCAAAUUACAGAUGAUUUAUUUGAAAUUAAAAUGAACUCAGCAAACACUGAUCCAUUAACUAACGAAAACGGUUUGGCAACAUCCAAACCCUCUACUCCUCGCAAACUUAGCUUAAGACUUAAACAGUUGUUUUCACCUACUCAAAAAAGAAAAGAAUCACUAUUUAGCUCUGAUGAAGAUAUAUCCCGUCGUAAAAAUAUAAAUAAAACAGGAGGGCUUGGUUUUCAAAGCAAGUCUCCAUUAAACAAGAGCGAGGAUGAUAUCUAUGAGAAUUUUAUUAGCAACGAAGAGUGGAAAGGAAUGAAAGACUCCUGGAAAUCAAGAGCAUGGAAUGCGUUCAACCCGGGUAGUUUACGAUCAAAAGACGAUCUAGAUAGCUUCUCUAUUAAAAAGCAACCAAAAAUUAGAAAGCCGUUAUCAAUAAAUACGUUUUCACAAAGAAUUCGUAAAGAUAAAUUGUCUGUGACAGAAAUUCCGAUUUCUUUUGUAAGCAAAAAUCAAGCAAAAAUAGACGCAAACGUAGAGUCGUUAAGUAUUAGAAAUAACAAAUAUAAAACAAAAUAACACAAAUAGUAAACUUUUUAGCAUUCUCAUGAAAAAUGAAAGUUAAUUAAAAAAUUGCUGUUUAUUCUUUAUUUGUAAAUCGAGUUUAGGAAAGUAACUAGU